CUCUGCGUGAGGGGGACGCUCACUCAGGCCGCUUCCGUUGGGCCAGGGCGCCAUUUACCGGCGAGCGGCUCUGCGAGGCGGCUAUGCCGGCUGGCGCACGGCGGUCGCUGGCUUCCCCGGUGGUGAGCGGCGUCCUCUGUCAGUGCGGCGGUGGUGCCGCCGCGGCCACGUCGACAUCGCCCGCGGCCUCCGGGCAGCUGCCGGCCAGCGAGGCGAGCUCUUCCCCCCCGUGCCUCCUGGAGCAGGAGCGGCGCUUCCACAGCCUUUUCCGCCUGCUCGACGUGAACCGCGACGGCGCCCUUUGCGUCCACGACUUGGCCGUGGGGCUGGGCCGGCUCGGACUCUACCGCUCGGAGAGGGACCUGUGGACUCUGGAAACUCUCCUGUCUUCUCAUGUGUCUCGACUGUCUAGACUCCAGCAUGUGAGCUGCGCCACUUGCCUUCUCGUGCGCAUAAAGAAGUACGGCCAGCUCUCUCACCGUAAACUACAGGGGCGAGUGUAUGUUUGCUGAAAUGGUUCAAAAUUUGGCAGUUGUGUUAAUUUUCCACAGAAUUUUGACGUCCAUCUGUCUCGUAUGUCACAGUUGUGUAGUGCCAGCUAAUGGUCGUGUCAGAUGAGUUGCCUGGUGAGCCAUAUCACAGCUUUGUUAUAUUUUUAAACACAGCCUUUGAUUUCUUUUUCUUUGAGUAUUGUGUGUCUUUCUGUGCCAUAUUUGGACUGCAGUUUUGGAUUGCCUUAUAAUAAACUUCCACUUAUGUGUGUGGGUAGUUGAAAGUUGCGGGUGAGCCUCAUCCACAGAACAGGUAAGAAACAGCCAAAGAUUUCGUGAACGCUGAGGCUUACCUCUCUGCUUUGAUUUAUUUAAUUAGCUACUUUGAAGGCCACAUAUUUUGGUUGAUGGUAGCCAGGCGUUAUUUCUGGUUGCCACAGAUGCUGCCUGUGCCUCAUGCAGAAGGAUUUAGGGAGGGGCCAGGUCAGUCUGACUUUGUCAGGACACAUAGGAACAGCAAGGGAAGUUAUUGCUGCUCCAGAGGUUAAAGGGAUCUUCCUGUCAUUUUGGUGCACAGUGAACUCGGGAGGGGCAGUCCUUUUCUUCGGCCCAGCAUGAAGGGAAACACCCCUGCUCUAGUAUUAUGUUAACCGUGAAACACAACAACAUAAUAAGCAGUGUAGUGAAGAGGGUGCCAGAGGACCAUCCUGACCGAUUCUCUGACAUCACCUGUGGCUGCCACCCACUGGAAUCGGGAGGAGAGAGGGUUCCUAGCACCUUGCCCCUCCUCCCCUCAGCAGUUUUCCCCUUUUAUAUCCUGUGGAGGCUGAGAACCUUCCUCACUGGCUACCUGACAGGUCUUGUGGGGAUCCCUGUGGGAGGCAGGUGGCCGGCCAUGGGCGCCACCACUAUUCAGUUGUUGCGGCUGUUCUUUCAUGGGGGCAGGCUUCCCGGGCAGCUGCCUGAACUCCUCCCAAGGUGGCCUCCUAAUGAGCUCGGGAGCCUCUUUUCCUCUGGAUCACUACGUUGUGUGGAAUUUGCUACAUCUUAUACUG